CGAUCUCACCUCUCUCCGGAAUGCAAGGACGGUAGGCAUAGCGACCCUUUACAGUUCUCUCAUGUUCCAGGGUGUUUGGUGACCCUCUGGAAGGGGCCAAAGGCGCAUGCCCUACAUCUAGUAUUCUGUGACCGCCAGGUAGACAAGGGAUGACUGAGUGCAGCUUUGUUUGCUAGUAUAAGGUCUUGUUGGCCGCCUCUGUGGAUCAAACUGUUGUUGCUUCGCUCUAUUUUGGGUAUCCAAAUCAUCUUUUGAAGAUUCGUCCCUGUUGUGUUAUUUACUCUACAUUCCUCGCCUGGCAUGUCCACUAUGGACUGCACUCUCGCAAAUAUGGAUGCCAACCCAAGAUUCUAUCAUCACCAAUAUUCUGCUUCCACAAAUAACAUUCCCACAUACGCGAACAGGAACACCCCCUCGUACUACGUAACAGAUGAAUAUCCCACAGACCAAGGAAACGAUAUAGCAUACCCUCGCUAUUCGCCAACAUUUCAGCCCUGGAGGAGACAACAAGCGCAGAGUUCUCUCUCAUUCAUCCCUUCGACGUCUCCUCUCCCGGAGCAAAGUGAGUACACAGCGCAACACAAACGACCAACAGAGCGCCUAUCUGCCACCCCUGCCUCGCCGUUCCGGUCCGUGCGCAGGAUGAAGCAACCUUUCCAGCUGCGCUUACCAUCAUCUCCAUCGGUGGAGAGCAUCCAGUCUGCUGCUAGAGAGUCCAGGCUAUCGCAAACUCCAUCUGGAAACCCAAUGCUGCGGACUUGUCGAUCAGAUCAGAACAUCACGACGACCAACAUGGCAGCAUUUGGACUCCUUCCAAGCCCCCCUCUAUCAGACUCGAGGGAGUCACAGCCGUCGCCAUCUUCUGCAUAUUUUUCCCCCAAACCGGACUCAGACUUGGACACUGACCAUGGAACCCCGAAGAGUAGCGUUUAUACGCCAACAACGAUUUCGAGUGAGGUCUAUAGCACCCAUGGAAACGAGGCGACUCCGAAAAGAGCAGGGGACACGACGAAUGUGCACAUGGCACAUUCCAAUCUCAUGAAACAAUAUAGCUCCCACAAUGAAAAAUGGUCUCCGGUAUCUACUGAUUGUCCACACAUGUCUUCGCCAGCUCUCUCUUCGGAUGUAGAUGCGUUCGAGAGGAGAAAGUUAUCCGGAUCUUCCUUAGAAACACAGCGGAGCAGGUCAGGGACAGUAUCGAGUGAAGAAGGAAGCUGGGUCCCAAGUAACUUUUCGUACUGUGAGGACUGGCUCCAAAGGGCACCCCUGGAAUUAGAGACUACGGGAGAAAAAUCAAAGGAAAACAACCGAAGAAGAAUCCAGAUAGUCCAACAGAGCCCUCCGCCAACUGAACGUAAACGCGAGAUGAAGGCUCCUGCGGAUGAACCAGUGAUGUUUGCGGUCGCUAGCAAAACCAAGCCAAAGCUCGUUGAUAUAUCGCGACAAUCGUCUCCCGCCAUGAGCUGCUCCAUCCCAACCCCACCUCAACCCCCAGUGCCUUCAACGCCGGAUCUGGGUCACCAAGAAAUAUCUGCCUUCAGCCCUGACACACCAUUGGAAAUGUCAGACAGCGGAUAUGCUACUACUGAUCCAUCUUGCGAUUCCCCAAGCGACCCUAAACCGGACAAGGAGGAUGACUUCAUACCCGUAAGCUCGGUAGGAAGCAUCAGUGAAACCGCUGUCCGUGAUAAGCCAAUGCGCAGUGUCGCAUCGCCAAAACCACCUCCAAGGCCAGACGUAGUGUACAAAGCUUACUCGCCACCGAAACCUCGGCGUUCUGUGCCUUUGUCCAAUACUGCCGAACAUGGCGAGUUGAAGAAGUGGUGGGAUCAUGAGUGGGCAAUGGAUCAGCUGGAACAUUCAAUCAAGGAGUACCCACGGUGCAUGCUUAGAUUGACAUCCCCGGUUAUCAUACUCGUUCGUCAUAGCGACGAAAAGGACAUCUUGCGCAGGUUUCGCCAAAUCUUUCCAGAUGCCGCAGAUAAUUUAUUGGAUGGUCUCUGUGCAGCUCUAAUAGCGCGGAACUACGUGCUCUCAUUAGCAUCAUCCAAACGAAAGACUGCACCUCAUGGCCAUCGCCCCAACCUAUCUCGCCUUGACACUGUCCCUGAGAGAGGGAGCGCGAUGUUAGCUACGCCACUUGCCCCGUCAUCGCCAUCGCGAAUUAGAGAUCGAGUCUUGGGGUCGCGGAGUGGAGAGCUCAACAAAAGCUUAGACCGAAUAAUUGACGAUCUGCUGUUUGCUAUAUGUCGCAAGCACGACGGAACGUUGAAGUCCGCUGUGCUCGUCUUAGCCCAAGUCCUGGAGACCAAAGCCUAGACUAUAUUUCCUUCCAACAUCUGUAUGCUCAAUUGAUUUAUUGACCUUACGAGCCCCACUAGUACCUUCCUUUUGCUGUCUUACAAUUCCCAGGUUCAAGCAUAUUCCCCCUCUCAAUUUUCUCUACUCAGCUCAUAUCCCUUCCUUUCCUUUCCUUUCUUUUUUUUGUUUUACUUCUGUAUCCCAGAUUGCAUAGACCUCAGUCGCUUUCUCUCAUUCGUUCAAUCUUGUCUUUACUAAUGUAUUAUUGACCAUCUUGCCCUUUUACUACAUAUUUCAUUUUGUCGAUCUCUCUUGCGAACAAGUUUUCGACCACAUCUCCACCUUUAUUUCCUCUGUCUAUCU